AUGAAGCAAUUUAUUUGGGAAAUAAUAUAAUUUGAAAGGAAGUUAGAAUAUUGUCGUUAAGAUUUAGCACUUGAUUAAGGAUUUUCCAUUGAAUUUUUUCCAGAAACUAUCACAUAUUUAGGAUUAAAGUAGUUAUUCCAUAGAGAAAUGAAAGGAUUUUUCAAUAGGUAUGAUUCUGAUCGAGAUGGAAAAUUAUCAUUCAACGAUAUUUAAUAAUUUGUCUAGCCACGAUAACUAGAGUAUCAGUGCUUUAUAAAGAAAGGAGGAAAUUACAAUCGAUUGAUUGAGUUAAUUGAAAUAGCUGAAGAAUAUGAGAAUUAUUUGAUGGACAAUAUUGAGACCUUGGAAUUUUAGGAGAAUAAUUAGAUUUCAAUAAAAUAAUUUUUGAGUUCUAAAUUUAAACAACCAACUGAAAAAGACAUAUGGUUUUUGAAUCAAAGAUUUGAAUGUUAUACAAUUGAAGAGUUUUUGGGAUAUUUUGAAUAGUAUAAAAAAGCUAAUUGA